AAUUCUUUAAAAAGGAAUGAUUUCCUUAAUAUUGGAGCUCUCUCCGAGUCCUUACUUUGCUGUUCAAAUUUUAAAAGAAAUAUUUUUUACAUAUGUUAGCCAUGGUUUCUCCUAGUCUGGAAAGAUGAUAUGUUAGCCAUAGCGGGAGAUCUCAUUGAUAAAAACGAGGUAUAUGAAUAUGCUGAUGCGCUGCUUGAUGGUGUGAGGUCUCUUGAUGAAUGGGCAGCAGAAGAGUAUGGGAAACAUGUGGCAGAACGUGGAAAUGGAAAUGUGUCCUUGGUGCAUCCAAGCUUUGAGCAUGAUCAGGAUUUUGAAUUGGCUGAUGGACCUAAAAUCACAAAUGUGGUAAUGGAUUGUUUGAUUGACGAUCCGUCUGAGCGUCCUUCCAUCGACCGAGUUAUUGACCUUUUGGAUGGAUUAUCCGUUGUGCAAAGAAAUCUAGACACCUUUGGUAUUGGCACAAAUCGAGGCCACAAACCAAGUCACGACGAGGCCUCAGAACUGUAGAUAUAAUGAUGACCAAAACAAAAAAUCAAAUUUCAAAAUCCAU